CUACUGUACGGGAGCUAUGGAGCGUUUAAUGGCCGACAACAUACAAUAAUGUUAUAUGUAGUUCAAAAAGAUGCGGCAGUCGGGAGAAAAACGUUGGGGAAUCAGAGUUCAGAGUUGAAUGGAACUAUAAAUACAUCAGUGUAUCGAUAAGAACAAUACUAGGAACCAUGGGAGCCAGAUUUAACCUGCUGAAAUUUACCUGUGUGGUGACACUGGUGGAUAUUCUCAUAACAGGUGCGUGUGGGACAGUGUGUUCUGAUGCUGUUACAGACGGAACUACUGUGCUGAAGAUGUGUGAGGACGGUAAUGUCGAAGGUGAACGUGUGGUUAUAGACACGUACGAGUUGUCUGGGUACAGAAAUGAUGGCGGCAGUAUCAAAUGUUCCUGUACGGCAACACUGGGGGGACUUUCCGACGGGACGUCGACAACCGUUGAUUUUGGACCUGUCCAGACGUUAUACCGUCCGUCUGAAUGUGGAAGUGUUGUUACUCUGACUCCACAACUACAUGGUUUACCAAUGCAACCAAAUAUUUACUUAUGCAGUGUUGCCAAUACAACAUUUAACCGUGUUAGGAACAACGACACAUUUACUGUUGUAUGGGAUUCCGGAGUCAGCGGGAGUACGUCAGGCUAUUGUCUUAUGUUAGAGGCAGGUACAGGGUCAUCCUUGUCUCUCAAAUGCAAUCCAGCGUUAUCAACAUCAAGUACAAUGAUGGUGACGACAGAACUGUUAAAUACCACAACAACCACCCUCACGCCAUCUACCCCUGGAUCUUCUGUAGCGACAACGCCGACUACGGUGACAAGAACGACGUCAACAACACGUGAUGAUGUCACAACACCUGAUGAUGUCACAACAACUGAUGAUGUCACAACACCUGAUGAUGUCACAUCUGGACGUUGUAGAUGUGAUGAACCUGAUUUCCCUUUUGCCGCCGUUAUUGUCCCAAUAGUGGUGUCCGUACUGGUGGUGGCUUUGGGUACGGCAGUAAAUAUAUUUCUCUAUAGACGGCGUCUUACGUUAACGAAUGAACCGAAAUCUGGUACACAUGGGAUGACCUCAACAGACCCUGUCCACUACGAUAGCCUUGACCAGUCACGUGUUGAACUGCCUAAUACGUACGAGGAAAUAUCUACCAGACAAGCAUACGUCAAUAUGGCAUCUCACUAGUGUUUCAAAGCUUGCGGGUCAUGCUGAAUUCUUCGUCAAAGGGUUCUAAACGUUUACAUGAUUACACAUUUCACACCUGUGUAAGCGAAGUUGUUCCUUUGAAAGGACUUCUGGUACAAUGGUUGCAUUUACAAGAAUAUGCGAUGGAAACGUGGAUCAAAUUAUGUCAAAUGUAUUUGAAUGUUUCAGCACAGACACUAGCAUAUUGGCAAGACAAUUUUAUAUCCAAUAUGAUUAAUUGGACCUGUAUGAACAGAAGUUUUUUUUUCAUUGAAAAUCCUAUGUGGUUAUUGUACUGCAUCUAAGUAGAUGCAUGUCUAUUACACAGCAAUCAUUGUGCUUAUGUUUAGAUGAAUGGUCAAUGUGUUUAUACACAUUAUCUAUUACCCACAUAAUUCGUACAUAAUAGUCCAUCAUUAAACUUGCAUCAAUGGUAUGAAUAUCAUUAAUAUUAUGUUUCCCCCCGUAGAAUCUACAUUCUAAAAUAUCUCCCUUUACUUGUUCAGGCAGAUACCACUGCAAAUUUAAUAAACAUGAACAUAUGCGUUUUGAAUAAUUUGCUAAGGACUAACACAGGCUUAACCAUUUGACAUAUUAAAAGUCAAUAGAAUUUUUUUUUAAAUUGAAAUGCACAUAUGUCUCUAAUCGGAAAUUCUAAAACAAAUACAUUUAGAAAUUUUAUUCUGGUUUGUGAACAUAAAUAUCUUUCCUGCUUUAAAGAACUAGGCUUCAUUGACAUCCAGUAUAUCCUUAAAAACGAAACGCUGUCCGAUCAUUAAGUAUUGUGAUAUUUCAAAAUACCGGAUAGUGAUAAGGAUGCGGAUCUACCGCGUUUUAUUGGAUUUCUAAUCUUCAUAAGAAUCCUUAUAAGCACCUUUCUGUUUCUGUUUCGAAUUGUUGUUCAAGUUUAUUUAAAACUUCUUACUACCAUAAUAAUUACCAGUAAGUCGGGACAACAGUCGUAUAUAGGGAUACUGUUUACUCCAGAAGAGGAACUUAUGGAAGGUUUAUUUUUUGAAAAGUAUCGUUUGAUUUACCUUGGACAGCCGCUCUAAAAACGUUUCUUCUAUCAAAGCGUUCGAUUUUUCUGCUCUUUACACUACCAUUCUAAACCUACGGAACGUAUUCAUUCUCUUGUGAUGAGAGGUUUUUUUUCCAAGUUAGCCGUGAACUAGACGGGAACAUACAUCUAUUCCAUUAAAAAUACGAAAAUGUCCCUAAAAAUAAAUAUGAAAUUGAAUUUCCGUUCGACAACAGCAUUGUUGAGUUUGGUAACCAGAUCGUCCAGUGCAUUUCCAUGGGAAUGAACUGUGUAGAAUCCGUCAAUUUAAUCUAGAUGUGCUACCUUUAAAUAACAAAACCCUUUAUUGACCAUGUCGUUCGGAUACACCCUGAAGAACAUUAAAAUCAAGGACACUACAUGCUUUUCAGCCACUUACUUUGAUCCUUCUAUACAAAGUAAGCAGCAGGGACAGCUCAGCUGUAUGAUUAUUUCCCUGAUUUUAAUUUUCCAUCAUUUCUAGAUAGUGACAUCCCUGCUUCCCUUACUCAAGGUAUCUACAUGUCCCUGUUGACUAAUUAUCGAAGUCUUUGUUCCCAUUAUCACGAUGGAAUGCAACACACAGCCAUCGACAUUUCCCCAUACCGCAUAUAAAGAACCAAGUAUCACAACAGUCAUACCUACUACACCUACCAUGGAGUCUUCUUUUACCAUCUACCAUGGAGUCUUCUUUUACCAUUUACCAUGGAGUCUUCUUUUACCAUCUACCAUUGAGUCUUCUUUUACCAUCUACCAUGGAGUCUUCUUUUACCAUCUACCAUGGAGUCUUCUUUUACCAUCUAGCAUGGGGUCUUCUUUUACCAUCUAGCAUGGAGUCUUCUUUUACCAUCUAGCAUGGAGUCUUCUUUUACCAUCUAGCAUGGAGUCUUCUUUUACCAUCUAGCAUGGGGUCUUCUUUUACCAUCUACCAUGGAGUCUUCUUUUACCAUCUACCAUGGAGUCUUCUUUUACCAUCUACCAUGGAGUCUUCAGGUAAAUGCUACAAAUGAGACAGAUAGAAUGUUAGAAUAUACAUCCAAUAAUCGGCCUUGGAUCCAGUGAAUUGGCCAGUGUAAUAUUUUUGCAAAUGUCUCUAGUUUAAUUCAAUCCCUGACGUGGUUUUCAUUAGCUUUGUCGAUGUUGUACCGUCAUUAUAUGAAUAAUGACAUAACGUCAUUAAUUUUGAAUGGCGCAACAAAAUAUAGUUCAACACAUUGCUGUCGUAAAAAAGGUUUUAUUUCAUAACAGAUUUUAUGAAAAGAGUUAUUUUAUUUUUUCCAAGUAUAAAACCCAUCUCGAAAUGAUGAAUUUUGAUAAAAAAACAAACUUCUAAGAUUCGCUUCAUAUGCUCUCAUAAAAAAUAAAAACAUGAAUAUUCAAGAUCCUACAUUAUGUUACGUAAUAGUUAUCAAAUAAAGUAUAUUUGUUAUAUUCUUCUGCUGUUCUUAUAAUAAUCAAUCAUAAGAUAAACAUAAUGUUUCUAUAUUUAGCUUCGUGAUCAUGAAUGCAAUAAAUCCUUCAAAAACAUUUUUUAAAUACAGCUUCUUCUCUCUGCCGUUGUCAUGUUUUAAGUAGAUUUACUGAAAGAAGACGUAAAAAUAUGAAAAAUGUUUGCCCCUUGGAAGACGAUAUGCGUAGUGCAGUGUUCGUUUUAUGUGUUUAACAACAACAGCCUUGCUUAUAUUCAGUAUUUGUUAACGUAUAAUGUAAUAAGAAAGGCUACUGUACGGAGGCUAUGGAGCGUUUACUGGCCGACAACAUAAAUAAUGUUAUAUAUAGUUUAUAAAGAGGCGGUAGUCGGGAAGAAUAACUUCCUCCUUCACUACUGUGAAAACGUUGAGGAAUCAGAGAUCAGAGUUGAUUGGAACUAUAAAUACAUCAGUGUAUCGAUAAGAGCAAUUCUAGGAACCAUGGGAGCCAGAUUUAACCUGCUGAAAUUUACCUGUGUGGUGACACUGGUGGAUCUCCUCAUAACAGGUAAUAUCUACCCGGAAGUAAAUUGUAGUGACGAGUCAUUUUCAAUAAGGCUUUGUUUAUGUUUUUGCCAUUUUUGUCCGUCUUAUUGUCGGUUUGGUUACUGUUUUUUUUAUGUUGGAGGAAUUCGUAAAGGUUUUGGUUUUACAUGUACAGAGGUUGGUAGUGUAUAUGCAAAAUUUGUCAACAAAAUAUCUUUUUCUAAACGAAGACAAUACCGAUACUCUUGGAAAACGUUUAUUUAUAGUGAUAUAUGUACAUGUAAUAUGAAUUUCACCAGACAAAAUGUUUGAUGUGAUUAAUUUUGAAAAAAAUAAUAUGUUAUAAACAAAAUAUAGAGGCGGAGCAUUGGUACAAUUAGUUAUUUAUCCACUUUAUAUAAAGUUAACAGCAGACGCUCGAACCUUUAGAGUGUUGUAGUAGCGUGAACUUCGUAAUAGUUAGUUUUGUAUAAAAUAUACUACAAUGA